GCCAAGAUGGCUGCCCCCGUGGAGGAACGCCUGACGCAGCCAUGUUCCUCGCCCGCCCGGCAAUGCCACUCCGGACAAAGUCUCCCCCGACCUAAAAUUGCGCCUCGUUCGGGGCGAGUGGGCCACAGCCUCACACCCCUUACGCUCGUGUGCGAGACCAACAGCCCCAGAAGGGACAGUGUCGGCGUGAGGACAGGAAACGGAAGUGGCCCUCAGAGGCUGUUUAAAGUCUUGUUGGCGCGCGGCGCAAAAGCUUGUGCACGAGGAUUUAUGGCGUGACAGUCAUCAGUGAUUUUGAGGAUUUAUUGGUGACUCUGUGGAGCUGUUGAGUUUUCCCUAUACUGGAGGCUGCAUUCAUUCUGAACACAGCUCACAAAGAAACCCCCCACACUCGAGCUUUGGAAGGUGGGCUGAGACCCAGGGUGAACAUGCUAGCAAAUGGGAAAUCACCCCAGAGGUUCCCGGCCCUGGUUUCAGGACAACCUGGCAGAUCAUUUGAGGGUUCUGUGUCAUUUGAGGACGUGGCUGUGCAUUUUACCCGACAGGAGUGGCACAGACUGGACCCUGCUCAGAGGACCAUGCACAAGGAUGUAAUGCUGGAGAACUACAGCAACUUGGCAUCUGUGGGCCUCUGCAUGGCCAAACCAGAGAUGAUCUUCAAGUUGGAGCGAGGAGAAGAACUGUGGAUAUUAGAGGAGGAAUCCUCAGGCCGCGGAUACCUAGGAUCUCUCUCACUGCUGUGUGGCAACAAUUCUGUUGGGGGUAAUGCUCUUAGUCAUGAUAAUGACCUUCUUCACCAUCAGAAAAUUCAAACUUUGGAUCAAAGUGUUGAAUACAGAGGAUAUGGGAAAGUCUUCUACAAGAAAACAGGCUUUGCUGGACAUAAAAGAACACAUACAGGAGAAAAAAACUUUGAAUGUCAUGAAUGUGGGAAAACUUACUGCAGGAAAUCAAACCUUAUUGAACAUCUGAGAAAACAUACAGGGGAGAGACCCUAUAGAUGUAGUGAAUGUGUGAAAACCUUUAGUGCAAGAUCAUACCUCAUUGCUCAUCAGAAAACCCACACAGGGGAGAAGCCCUUUGAAUGUAAUGAAUGUAGGAAAUCUUUUGGCAGGAAGUCACAACUCCUUCUACAUCAGAGAACACACACAGGAGAAAGACCCUAUGAAUGUACUGAAUGUAGUAAAACCUUUUCUGAGAAGGCAACCCUCAUGAUUCAUCAGAGAACUCACACAGGGGAGAAACCCUAUGAAUGUAGUGAAUGUGGGAAAACUUUUCGCGUUAAGAUAUCCCUUACCCAACACCAAAGAACUCAUACAGGGGAGAAACCCUAUGAGUGUGGUGAUUGUGGGAAAAACUUCCGUGCAAAGAAAUCCCUAAAUCAACAUCAAAGAAUUCACACAGGUGAGAAACCUUAUAAAUGUAGUGAAUGCGGAAAAUUCUUCAGAAUUAAGAUGACUCUCAGUAAUCAUCAGAGGACUCACACAGGUGAAAAACCCUAUCAGUGUAAUGAAUGUGGGAAAUCUUUUGGGGUGCAUUCAUCUCUCAGGAUACAUCAGCGAAUUCACACAGGAGAGAAACCUUAUGAAUGUAUUAAAUGUGGUUAUGCCUUCUAUGUUAAAGCACGCCUCAUCGAACAUCAGAGAAUGCAUUCAGGAGAGAAACCCUAUGAAUGUAGUGAGUGUGGAAAAAUUUUCAGUAUGAAGAAAUCCCUUCGUCAACACCAGAGAACUCACACAGGAGAGAAACCUCAUGAAUGUGGUGAAUGUGGAAAUGCCUUCUAUGAGAAAUUACGCCUCAUUGAACAUCAGCGAAUUCAUACAGGAGAGAGACCCUUCAAGUGUCAAGAAUGUGGAAAAGCCUUCUACCGGAAAGCACACCUCACAGAACAUCAAAGAACUCAUGUAGGCCGGCACUUGUGUUGUACCAUGAAGAAAGCUUCUCUGUGAAGACUCCCCUCACCAUUUGAUCAGACCCUUUGAGCCAUCUGACCAUCAGGGCACACAGAGUGCACCUGUAACAAUUUGGCUUUUAUGCUGGUGUGAAAAUAUGUCCUGAUCCCAUUAAGGAGUAGCUCAUUGUUUUCAUUUCUUUUGGAUUUCCCUAGUUAAUGGUGAGGUUGAACAUCUUAUCUGUUGAUUGACCAUUUGGGUUUUUUUUUUUUUUGCAUUGACUGUACAUAUCCAUUGCUCAGUGUUUUCUAAUGGGCUGUUUAUCUUUUACUUCUUGGUUUAAGUGUUAUUUUUUCAUUUGUGAGAAUAUAAAAAUCAUUUUCAGUCAUGUGUGUUGCAAAUAUCGCCUCCUGGACUUUGGCUGGUUCUUUAAUUUCAUGAACUCUUUUCUUCUGGUGAGGUUUUAUGUUCUAAUAUUACCAGUUUCAAUGUGAUAAUAUUCUCCUAUACUUUUCUCUAAAGUUUUCCUUUCAAUAUUUAGAAUUUUAAUCUACCCUGAGUUUUUUUCUGUGUAUAGUAUAAAGUAUGCAGUAUGGAAAACUAUACUGCAAUUUAAACCUUCACAUAAAUGGUAUCACACUAUGUUUAAAGUUCUGCAGCUGGCUCUUUUCAUGUAAUGUUAUACAAUUGUGUAUGAACGUGAUUGUCCACAAUCAAUCCGUGUUAAUAAAUAUGUCUGGUUUAUUCAUUUA